AUGAAGUACACAUUCUAUCUUGCCAUUUUCGUUGCCACCAUGAUCAUGAUGGUUUCCGCUGCCCCCAACACCAAAAAGGUUUGCCACGCUGUCAAGGAUGUCCAUGCUAAUUCUGUCUGUAAAGCAUAUUGUGGUAAAGCAGGUUAUUUAUUAGGUGAAUGUGGUAAAGAAGGCAUUUGUAUCUCCUUUUAUGAUAGCGAUCUUCGACUGUCUGGCUAA